AUCUCCAGAAAUGGGUGGCUUGCAUGCCGUCGAAGAUCGCCCUACACCCAAGGAGGUAUACAAUUGGCGAUUAUACACAGAAGCUUUGAUCAUUGCAACUGGAUCGUUGCUCUCAUCGUUCCCGAGCAUCUCUAACAUAGUCUUAGCUNUUGGCUAUGACUCAGCAUUUGUCGGCACGACCAUCGCUCGUGCUAGCUUCAAACGCGACUUUGGUAUCACGAAGGCCACAGCUGCCGGCAUCUCCAGCAACAUCACUUCUGCGUUCCAAGCAGGAGCCUUCUUCGGCGCCCUCUUUUGCUACUUCCUCACUGAGCGCGUCGGCCGCAAAUGGGCCCUGCAGGCAAAUGUUGUAGUCUUUGUUGUCGGGGCUGUGCUUAUGACCGUGGCCACUCAUCAGCUUUCGUUCAUCUACGCAGGUCGUGUACUCACCGGCCUCGGUUGUGGUGCCAUCACAGCCACGGUCCCAAGUUACAUCGCUGAGCUCUCCGUCCCGUCCAUCCGUGGUAUCCUGACUGGCCUCUUCGAGAUAGCUUAUCAACUGGGCUCAUUGGUCGGCUUCUGGGUGAACUAUGGAAUCAACAAGAACAUGAAUGUCAAGUCUUCCUUGAGUUGGAGACUCCCCAUGGCUAUACAACUAAUCCCCGCUGCAAUUCUUUUGGCUGGUGGUUUCCUCCUGCACGAGAGCCCUCUGUGGCUCAUGCGCAAAGGCCGUGAGACCGAAGCGAAGGAAGCCCUUGUUCAGCUACGCCAUCUUCCCGUUGAGCACGAGUACCUUCAGGAAGACGUUCAAGAUAUGCAGAAUAGACUAAAUGAGGAGGCAGCAAUCGCGGCACGUUAUGGUAGUGGCUCGUUUGCCUUCAUCCGGGGUUGUCUGAACGAGCUAUCUCGUCCCGGCAUGCGCAACCGUGUCCUUCUUGUCUUCUGCGCUUUCGCUUUGCAGAAUCUCUCGGGUGCCUCGGCCAUCAACUACUACUCGCCUACGCUAUUUGGUUCUCUUGGUGUCACGGACAUUCCAUUGUACACUGGAAUCUAUGGACUGGUCAAGGCUAUUGCUUCGAUCAUCUAUUACAUCUUUUUCAUCGAUGUGCUCGGGCGUCGCAAUCCUGUGCUGGUAUCCUCAGCCGCUUGCUCGUUUUGCCUGUGGUUUGUUGGAGCAUACGUCAAGAUUGGUCAUCCAGCAGACGCCAUUGCUGCGGGUGUGCCUCUGUCAGCGUCCACAGCAGCCGGCGGCCGUGCUGCUAUUGGCAUGAUCAUGAUCUACUCUAUCUUCUGGUCUUUCGGUUUGAACGGAAUACCUUGGAUCGUGUCGGCUGAAAUCUUCCCUGGAUCGCUCAGAGUGCUGACUGGAACCUAUGCUGCACUUUGUCAAUGGCUAGUCCAGUUCGUCAUGACAAAAGCCUUGCCGUACAUCUUCAGCUCUUUUGGAUAUGGCACGUGGUUUUUCUUUGCUGCAUGGAUGUUGAUCGCGACACUUUGGACUUACUUCUUCAUGCCUGAGACCAAGGGCUUGACGAUUGAUCAGAUGGAUACGUUGUUUGGCUACCAGGGACGCGCAAGAGCAGAUGAUUCUGAAUUUGGAGCAAAUGAUAAGCAGAGCGUCGACUUCAUCGAGAAGUUUGGCGCAUUUACGACCGAGUAUGCGGAGCGGUCCUCGCGG